GCCAGGCACACCGGUGCACGUGCUCCAAGCGAAGUCGCGUUAAACGCCCGCCUUUCAAAUUCAAUCCUUGCUCAGAAUCUCGGACAGAGCCACUUAUAAAAUUGCUUUUGCAAUUACCAACUGAAAACAGUUGGCCUGGAAAUGGGAGAUCCAUUAUCGAUCCUUGCCUCUUCCACCGUCGUACCCGCCGCCGCAGCCGCAGCCGCAGCCGCAGCCGCCUCUCCACGCCGACGACACCACCACCACCACUUUCCUUCUUCUUCAUCAGCCGCCACCACUAGUACAACCAAACCAAAGCCUAAGCACAAGUCUAAGUCAUUUACUACAUCUCCACUUCUAUCCAAUGUCCGGGGAGACAAUCGAGAGAACCCGAGGUACUAUGCUGAACUAGCAUCGAAGCUGGCAGAGGAUGGAAGGUUUGAGGACUUCUUAAUGAUAGCAGAGAUCAUGGUGGUUUCGGGGUUGAAAGGUAGAGAAUUUGUGAGUCUGCUUAAUGCGAAGGCUGUUUCGAGCGGCAUUACUAGAAUGCUUGAUGAUGGAAAGGUCAAGAGUGUUGUGGAGUUGAUUUUGAGUGGUUUUAUGAAGCUCGCAAUUGAUCCGAUUCAGCUUUUCGAUGGAGCUGCAAUUGAGGCGCUGAAGAGAGAGUGCUACCGGGUAAUGAAACUCGGUGAAGUCGAGCAAAUUGUGAGCUUAAUGGAUACGCUCCAUGGAUUUCAUUUUCCAAUUAGAGAAUUGGUGGAGCCAUCUGAUAUAAUAAAGCUUUGCAUCAGCAAAAGGAACCCAACUGCAGCCAUAAGGUGUUAUGUCUAUUUUCUAUUUCUCGUCGAAGCAGUAAAAAAUGGUGUUUUAAUGGUUUAGAGGCAACAGAUAAUUUUCCUCUUUUUACUUCACAUUCCUAGACUCUGCAGUUUAUCUCGAGUGCCCAUGACUUAUGAUGUCAUCCCAUUCGUCCUAAUCUUGGUGUUUUCACAGCCACGCUUACAUUAAAUGAAUUGGAUGUGUGAAAUAAUGCUGUAACACUCCCCGAAUAAUCAAUCAUCUUACAGAAAAACUUAGCUGGACACGUGAAAUAAUCCAUGUAUUAAAAACCACUCGGCAUCGACCUGAAAAAGAUAAAGAAUCAAGGGUCAAACCUGUUAUAAAACAAUUAAAAAGGUAAAAAAUAAAUACCAAAUUUUGAGGUGAACCACCAGGUUCUUGACUCAUUUCAAUGGGUUCUCUUUCUCCCCUUUUUUUACAUAGAGCGGACUGGGUUUUCAGGUUG